AUGGACUCUGAUUGCACCUUUUCUGACUGUGGUCCCCUCUCCCCACCUACCAAUGGGAGCGUGGUCACACCUUCUGGCACCAGUACUGGUAACUUAGGUUCCUACUCGUGUGAUAAUGGACUGGUUUUAAAUGGUUUUUCUAUUCGAUUCUGUGACAAUAGCGGAUUGUGGACUCCAGAAGAUAUACCUUCAUGUGGAGUUCCAACUUGUGGGCAAUUACCAGAGCUUGUCAAUGGAGAUCUAUCUUUGUCCGACAAUGUCAAUGAAGGUAGUGUGGCAACGUACACCUGUGACACAGGGUUCAAUCUGACAGGAUCAAUCACUCGUACCUGUACCACUAAUGGAGGAUGGACUCUGAUUGCACCUGUCUGUCUGAGAGCAGUUGCUGACUGUGGUCCCCUCUCCCCACCUACCAAUGGGAGCGUGGUCACACCUUCUGGCACCACUACUGGUAACUUUGGUUCCUACUCGUGUGAUAAUGGACUGGUUUUGAAUGGUUUUUCUAUUCGAUUCUUUCCAACUUGUGGGCAAUUACCAGACCUUGUCAAUGGAGAUCUAUCUUUGUCCGACGAUGUCAAUGAAGGAAGUGUGGCAACGUACACCUGUGACGAAGGGUUCAUUCUGACCGGAUCAAUCACUCGUACCUGUACCACUAAUAGAGGAUGGACUCUGAUUGCACCUGUCUGUCUGAGAGCAGUUCCUGACUGUGGUCUCCUCUCCCCACCCCCUAAUGGGAAUGUGGCCACACCCUCUGGUACCACAGCCGGUAAUGUAGCUCUUUACUCGUGUGCCGAGGGACUGGUUUUAACUGGCUCUACUGUUCGUGUGUGCAGGAAUAAUGCACUAUGGAUCCCAGAGGCACCCACUUGUGAAGCUCAACCCACCCAAGGUCCCACACUUGCUCCUCUGAUCCUGAACUGCAGUGCCGAGUUUCUCGCUGAGUCUCAGCAAGUGAGUGUGAGCUGCACGUCAAGUAGGGACCUUGACGGCUUGGAUUUUGAGUGCAGCUUCAAUAAUGAAUCAGUAACAGAAGGAUGUGGACAAUUCCCAUUCUUUGUGUCUGUCACUGGAGCUUCAGGAAGCCAUACCAUUGUCAUCAGUGCAACUGAUUCAGCUGAUGGAGCGGGUUUCACGUCAAACAUUACAAUCACAAUCACAGCCCCUGAAAUUGAGACCCAACCAGAGAGUGUGGGUGUCGAGCAAGGCGGAAGUGCCUCAUUCACCGUGGAGGCCUCUGGUGCAGGACUGACCUACCAGUGGUUUGGUCCUGGCGGAGUGGCUCUGACUGACAGUGACGGAGAGAUUGAGGGGUCCACUUCAGGAACGUUGACAGUUUUCAACGCUGAGCCUGGCGAUGCGGGAGACUACACGGUCGUUGUGACCAACAGUGCGGGAUCAGUCACCUCUGAUGCUGCAAGUUUGUCUAUUGGUCCUGCAAUUGAUGUACAACCGAGUGAUGUGAAUACUGCGGAAGCGGGUGGAACUGCCACAUUCACCAUGGAAGCCUCUGGUGAAGGACUGUUGAGCUACCAGUGGUUUGGUCCUGGUAGGGACGCUCUCACUGACGUUGACGGAGACAUCGAAGGAUCCAAUUCAUCCACCCUGCAAAUCAUCAAUGUUGAGUCUGGCGAUGCUGGAGAUUACACAGUCGUUGUGACCAACAGUGCGGGAUCAGUCGUCUCUGAUGCUGCAACUCUGUCUAUUGGCGAAGCUCUCCUGUGAUUAGGUCUCAACCAGAGAGUGUGGAAAUUUCUAUUUGGCCUAAAAUUGAUGUACAACCAAACAAUGUCAAUGUGGAAGCAGGUGGAACUGCCACGUUCACUGUAAAAGCCUCUGGAUUAGCACUGACCUACCAGUGGUUUGGUCCUGGUGGGAACGCUUUGACUAACAGAGACAAAAAGGUUGAGGGGUCCGCUACAGCCACUCUUCGAAUUAUCAAUGUUGACUCUGGCGAUGCGGGAGACUACACAGUCGUUGCGACCAACAGUGCGGGAUCAGUCGUCUCUGAUGCUGCAACUCUGUCUAUUGCUCAACCUACCCAAGGUCCCACACUUGCUCCUCUGAUCCUGAACUGCAGUGCCGAGUUCCUCGCUGAGUCUCAGCAAGUGAGUGUGAGCUGCACGUCAAGUAGGGAUCUCGACGGCUUGGACUUUGAGUGCAGCUUCAAUGAUUCAUCAG